CUCUUAUAUCACCUCGUAAGCGUCAACCAGUUGUUUUUUUUUGUUUAAAUGAGCGUGAGGUCACUUCCGCCACUCCGCUCCAUGCGGAAGCACGUAGGCGCCCUUCUUCUUCCGGAGAGGACGUGUUCCGACGCGCCACGUGACAUGAACAGCGCAGACAGGGGGUUGCUCGCCACGUGUCUGUGCAGCAGAGCGGUGGGGUUUUCAUCUCGGGUUUAAAAUGCUGUGUUAGUUCGGUCCUCUGCCGGAGAAGGAUUCGGGUUUUGUUUUUGUUGUUUUUCUCCCGAGAGUGGUUUUUUUUUUGAGGUGGGAUGGGAGUACCUGCUGGGCUGACAAGGUGAGUUUCUUUCAGUGGCCCUCUCAUUUUGCAUCUGUACUUCAUUGAUUGUUAUUGCUUGGGGUGGAUCCUGCUGCUUUUCUUGCAUUCACUCAUUCGUUCGCUGCGGCUUCUGCUUUUACCGCCGCCAAUCAUUCGAGCUGGUAAAGUGCUACAAAAAGGCUGGGGUGCGGGUGACAAGUGUGGCGUCUGUUUGCCAUAUGUACCCCAUAGUGGAAGAACCCUGGCAUCUUUAGGUAGGGCUGGGAAAGACUGCUGACUGAAACCCUGGAGAGAAGUUGAUAGCUAUGAGCUAGAAUGCUAGAUCAACCAAAGGGUUUGACUCUGCUUCAGGCCACUGCCUACAUUCUUGGUGUGCGUUUACUCAGAAGUAAAUCCCAUUUCAUUGCAUGGGUUUACUUCCAAAGGAGAGGUCUGCAAAAUUGUAGUCUUCCCAGUUGUUAUAGGAAUUCUAAGGUCUAAUAUAUAUAGAAUAAAUGUUCAUAAAUGUACAAGGCAAACACACAUGCAGAAGUGCAGUGUCUGAAACAGCACAGGAGAGCAAUCCUGAAGCCAUUUUGACUCCCUCAAAUUGACCUCAAAUAUUUCGCUGCAAGGAGGAAGGAAAUGGGAAAAGCUUUCCAGUUGUCUUUGGACUGUAAGGGGCUUACACCUCCCUUUGCAAAUACAGUCUGGCCAGUAUCUGUUAAGCUGAGCAAACUAUCAAUAUAUGUAAGAGAUUCAGGAACUAAAGUAUUUACCAUCACAAAAGAAUGGCCAUGACUAUCCUGACAGACAGGUUUUCUGCUGUAGACCGCCCCCCUGUGAUGUAUGUAUGAUGUUUUGGGGGGUGGUCUUGAGCUAUAGGGGAGGCAAUUUCAAAGGUCUAUAUAAGAGCUUGCACACCAUUGUUCGGGGUUCCUCUCCUCCCUCCCUGCGUGGGAUGAGUGGGGGACCCUGUUGCAACAGUUUAAUAAAGAUCAUGCUUACUAGCUGCUUUGCUUCUCAAUAUUCUCUGGUUGGCCUCUGUUAUUUUCUCCUACCGAAAGAGAACCUACAUAAGGACUCUAUACGGGCUCUUGGAUACCCCAUAAGGGAUAAAGGAGCAGUAUUUUUCUUAUAACACAGUACUUUGUACAAUCAAUUAUUUUUUCAGCUUGUUUUGGGUCAAUACAAAAAUGAUUUGGUUUGUGGUCAUAGCUUCACAACAAAGCUAUUUUUCAGCACUAGUACAGAAGUGGAUCAUGCCAGCAUCGUUCUUGCAGCAAUAGUAGUUGGCAGUAAACUUUGUAAAGGCACACAAUGGUAAAUUGACAUUGGCAUAUUGAAACUUUGGUUCAGGUUAGCUUGACCUUGUUGGCAGUCUAGUACUUGUUAAACUCAUGGCCUUAUGUUCACCUAAGCCAACUAGUUUAUGCUACUCUUGCAAAGGCCUGUGAGACCCCUACAGAAUCAUCUUUUUAAUCUUCUGCUGUACAGUAUGACCACAUCUUGGAAGGUAAGGAUGGUCACAUGGGGGUGGUUCAGGUAUAAGUGUUUUGUGUAUACAUGCCAGCCCUGGAAUGUGACCCCCGCACACAAUGUGAUCAUUUGUGCUGAGUGAUGGUCUGCUAUGUAGCUGAUCCUUUUUGCUAUAGCCAGAGUUUCUGACUCCCCCAGCCCCAAUAAUGUAGCCCUUUCAGUAACCUGGGGGUCAGUUUAUAGUCAUCAGAAUCACGUGAUUAUUUUGUCCUUGACCAUGCCAAAUCUGGCUGCAAUUUGGGAUAGAGGAUUACAUUCAUGCUAAGCAUUUUUGGGAGGGUACACAAGCCUAAGAUCCACGCACAUAACUUUAAAUUAUGAUCCCCAUUGCAUGUCAGCUCAGCCAAGGAGUCAGUAACUUGAAAUUCCAUAGUUGUGCAUACAGGGCUAGUGAUUUGAUUACUUCUCUUUGAGACUCUUAGGAGUACCUGUUUUUAUUUGUGUUUUAUUAGUUGAAUUUUCUAUUCUGAAUUCUGAUACAGGUGCUGUCUAAAGCCUUUCUAAUACAAAUUUUGAUUGCAAGGUUGGGGUGACUGAUGCAGAGGCAACUCCCCAGCUGAAGUUCAGACGGAUAGUAAGUUGUUUUUUCUGUUGCUUCAGCCUUCAUUGAUCAACCCUUUUGAACAGCAAGAGAAUGGGUCCCAUAUGAUUUAUUUAUGUAUUUAUUAAAUGUGCGGUAUAUUCUGGCCUUCAUCUGGGGAUCACAGGUGAUUUAGAAUAUAAAGAACAUUAAAAUACAUAACAUAAGAACAAUGUGUGUUCGGCUGCACAUUGUUUGAAUGUCCUCAAAUAAUAAUUGCUUUGUCAGCCAGUCAUAAUUUUGGGGAAUAUUCGUUUAUCCUUCACAGUUAACAACACUGAAAGAGAGAAAAUGGUGAAGACACUUGUGCUUGAUGGCAAGUGAUGACUGAUCCAGAGUACCAGGGACGGGCACAACACACCAAUGAAACCACGUGUGUGUUUACUCUGCAGUGGAAAAUAAUAUUAAUUGCAUCUGUUUAAUGGUCUUACAUGUAUUGCAUUGCAAGCUAUUAAUCCAACUGCAAUAAUCUGUUUCUUACAUUUUAUUUAUUUUAUUUUAACUUUGCUUCUGCAGGCAGUCACAUAAUUGGUGCCAGAGAGUGGGCUCCUGGAGUCCUGGCCAGUUCCACCAUCGCUCGCUUUGAAGCUCAUCCAUUUGCCACAGACAUUUGGAUCUGUUCAAGGCGAUGGGCAGGCAGCAGUACUUGGAAGAUGCAGCGCGGCAGCUGGCAGACACUUGCCCUGCCCAAGCACGGUUUUUACUGUGGACACUCAGCAACAGAGAAGACAAAACCCAAGAUUCUGUGAACCGAGUGUGCCAUUACUGUUUCCAGUUUCUCCUUCCAGGUAAUGUUAGGGUACGUCUGAUGCCUAAAAAGAGGGUGACUCCACAGAUACAAAAACUACUUAAUCGGGAAGCAAAGGGCUACAAACUCAAUUUAAAACAAACAAAGCUUUUGAAGAAGUACAAGGAAGCAAAGAAUGUUCUGCUGGUUACCUGCAACGCAUGUGGGAAAACAACAAGGCAUUCUGGGAAUAGUAGAGAAGGUUUGGGUAGAAAGGCAUCAGCCGGGAAGUCUUCAAACAAAAUUACACCUGUCAGCCACCGUCAUUCUGGAUCCAACAGAGGGACACCCAAUUCCAGAACAUCAUCUGGUCAAUCAACACCUCGUUCUUCCUCCAGGACUCAGAGAAACAUCAAAGACCACUUCGCACAGCUGAAAAGACUGCUUCAUCUUGAAGAAAAUAAAAAAAGUAAUAAGGGGGACCUCAAAAACUUCUUACUAUCACUUUAAUAUUUUUGAAAUAAUUGAUGUAACAUAAUUCCAGCUAAUUAAAGGAAUGCAUCACUUAAAAAUAAGCCCGUGGUACUGCAUUAACUAUAGUUUUUCAUGGAGCAAAGUGCUAUGAAACUAGAGGUGCAAAAGGUCUGGGGAAAAAACUUGGGAAAAUAGGGGCAGGAACUGCCCCCCCUUCUUUCCAUAGCCUUUUUCUUGUAAAAAGAUUAUGGAAUGUUUUCUUUUUUAAUGAUGAAUAAAACGUUU